UAUGACCUGCUGUCAGAGCAUGACUCUACCUUUACUUUAAAUCACUAUAUUCACCGUUUCGAAGACACACAACAGGGGUGUCGUAGGCCUAGGCCUAUCAUUAUGCGUUGUGAAAUGAUCAGUCUUCAAUCACAACAACACACGUUUCAAACCGUUCGCAUUCUUCACAAGUGAUUCAGAUGUAAACAUUGUUGAAAAGGUACUGUGAAUAGAGUCUACUAUCCUAUAUUAUCCCACUCAUCUCCAUAGUGUCCAACCUAACGCCGCCUCCAGCUUCUAUUGGACGUUCUGUCCGAGUAGGGAGGAGAUAGGGCAGAAAGUACCCCCCAGCAUUGAAAAGUUCUGGCGUUAACCCUGGAUUGAUGUAGGACUGUUUAACAUAUCUUUGACCAGCUUUGAUCUAUAUUCACAUCGUCCUAUAGAGGCUACAUGUGUGUAUGAAUGAUGCUGUGAUAUGAUGAUGGAGACGCGGGCCGUCAGAACAGCGUUGUAUGUUGCGUGCGCUCUGUUAUGUCUCACUCGGUGUCACGGAGAGCUCAAUCCCAAGGGUAGAAAUGUCUGUGAGUACAUUCCUGGACAUUUCCAGUGCUGCAGUGGUUGGAGACAUGUGGCAGACGAAUGCUCAGCGGCAAUAUGUGAAGGAAAUUUCACCUGCGUGGAGAAUGAAGUCUGUGUGCGUCCCAAUGAAUGCCGCUGUCGCCAUGGUUACUUUGGAGCUACUUGUGAUACGAAAUGCCCUGCCCAGUUCUGGGGCCCCGACUGCAAGGGCAGUUGCCCCUGCCAUCCCUACGGCCGCUGUGACGACGUGACCGGGGCCUGCACCUGCCAGCCUGACCGAUGGGGCGCCCGCUGCCAGCUGUCCUGCCGCUGCCGUCAGGGCACCUGCGACCAGGGCACCGGCGUGUGCACGUGCCGGCCGGGCUUCUGGGGCCCGCAGUGCUCCGAGGCCUGCGCCUGUAGCGGGGACUCGCAGUGCGACCUGGCCUCGGGCCGGUGCCACUGCAACGCCGGGUGGUACGGCCGCGCCUGCGACGUCCACUGCGCGUGUAGCGGCUCACCCUGCGAGCAGCUCACGGGCCGCUGCCAGUGUGAUGAGCGGCGGUGGGGCGGGCAGUGCGAGCGCACGUGCCUUUGCUUCCAAGGACGCUGUAGCCAGGCCGACGGCUCUUGUGCCUGCAGGCCGGGGUUCCGGGGGAAGCACUGCAGGGAGCCGUGCCCGGCGGGCUCAUAUGGGCAGAACUGCAGGAACAAGUGUGGCCACUGUAAAGGCCAGCAGCCCUGCAAGGUAACAGAGGGUCUCUGUGUAACCUGCGACCGGGGCUGGAACGGCACGAGGUGUGACGAGAAGUGUGCCAACGGCUUUUUUGGAGAAAACUGCCAAGAGGUGUGUCCGGCGUGCAAAGACGGACACUUCUGCAACCGCAUGGAUGGCACAUGUCCUCACUGCAAUCCCGGCUGGAUAGGAGAGAGGUGUGAGAUCAAGUGCCCCAAUGCAACAUAUGGGGACAACUGUGUCAGCGAGUGCCAGGACUGCUUCAAUGGCACAUGCCACUUUGUGACGGGAGACUGCGUCUGUGACCCCGGCUUCCAUGGAGCGUUUUGUAACGCGAGCUGUUCUGCUGGUCAAUACGGCGUAAACUGUAACCAAACAUGCUCCUGUUAUGACAACGACUGCGAUCCAGUGUCGGGAAAAUGCAACCUAAAAAGGAACCAGAGAAUGGGCUUAGUGGCCGCUGGGCUGCUGUUCUGCCUGCUGCUCUUACUGCUGCUGUGCCUGCUCUGCUGGGGGUUGCUGCGCAGACAUGUAUACAUCGACAGCAGCCAUGAGAAUAAAGCCAAACAAAGCCUCUUUGGUGGAUUCACAAGGAUAAGUUAUAAGCUGCCUCGGGUUCCACUGCGAAGACAGAAGCUGCCCAAUGUUCUUGUAUCCCACCAUGACCCUGAAAACACGUUAGACUGCAGUUUCAUCGAGACCCCCUCCCCGUCUACAGGGGAGCAGCCAACCCCUUCCUGUUCCUCAAGAGGAUCACGCUACUCGAUGGAGACCACAGAAAACAGCCCUGUCUGCUCCAGCCCGCAUGAAACCGCCAAGGAGAGCAAAUCAAACGCAGAGCGAUUCAACAGAACAGAGACCACAUUGUUGUUGUCUGAGGACGAUGAGCUGGAAGCCCAGACGGAUCACGUCUACGAGGUCAGCCCUACGAUAACAGAGCCAUGUUUAGACGACCCCAGGGAACUGACCUACCACACUGUGACCAAGAACCCUCCCCGUUUGGGCUGUGCACCCCCUGGCGGACCCUCGUUGGGGUGCUCCGUACCCCCGCCAGCCCAACAAGAAGGUGAUGGCGCGACCGACCCUCUUAAAGAAAACACAAAAAUCAUUGCUGCAGGAAGGGUUAAACCCAGGCCUCCGGACCCGUCCACAAAGCCCAGGGGAUCUUGGAUCCACCAAUCCAUGAGUCCGAAACCAAAGAUCCAGGCGGACAGCGUUCCACUCGGCACAAAGAGUACUGAGAGGAGAACGGGUACAGGGUCGGUCCCCUCUACUGUGACUCUGAGUGUGGAGGAGCAGGAGACCCUGGUGGAGCAAAGCACCUCCACGAGAAGCCCGUCUGGGUUUCUCCCACUAGAGCCCAUUUGCAGGGCGGUGCAGAGCGUUUUGAGGCAGAUAAGACAUACGGACGGAGAACCUGCGGCGUCCAAAACAUUGUCUGGAAAACAUCCAGAGGGCGCAGAAUCCAACUGUGAAGUUGUUCCACCACGCGGCAUGAACCCCCAGCCGAAGAACCUGGUUCUGAAGAAGAACAACCUCGAGAGCGGACAGGAGAGCGGCAGGUCGUCUCAGCCAUCGGCACGGAACAAGAGGAAGCAACCAAGCCAGGCGGGGGCCCAGGUAGGCUCCAUGAGAAGUUCUCCGGUUCUGACAACGAGGAGUCCACAUAAUGGAGAUUCGCUGCCGAGGAAGGCUGACAGCCCAGGGAAGGAGGGCUUGCGGAAUGUACGAAAAGGUACUCCCACACAUCCGAAGACCACGACGAAAAAGCCAGUACAAAUAAAGAAUCCUCAGGAAGGACAUAUAUAUUCCAAAAUCAAUGCAAAUUAAUAAAGACGAGGCAAUAUCACUGCAUUUGAUCAAUACCAAGAAAUCAAUAAUCCUAAAAGUCAGAAAUAUACUGUUAUAAAUAUAUGAAUAUUCUGACACGUUGGAUUUUAUUGCAGGGAAAGCAAGGCAACGCAGUGCUUCAUACCUUGACCCUGGUAUUAUAGAAUCUGUACCAACAAUGUUUUGGAAACACUAUUGGCCUUAUAUUAGGGAAAUGUAGUCGUAAUUUUAUUUUAAAAUUUAAUAAAAAUCAUUAUCAAUUCCAUAUUUCUUUAGUUUUACCAAAGCAAAGUUUCGACAAAUGUUUUAAAAUGUACCAUAUGAAGCCAAACUUCAAAAGGGUUUGAUAAACUAGAGCAAUACUGAAUUGUUGUGCAGAUUUGUCACAUUAGUGUACAACAUAUGCCGUACAUACGACCUGCUUGGUUGGAUGUCGUAGAGUUUAAGGAUCAGUGUAUUUUUUUUGUUUUGUUUUGAUGUGUGGUACUUGCAUAAACUCUUUCAGAGACAGCUGCACUGAUAGAUGGAUGUUAAACCUCAUUAAAAGGUUGGUUAAAUUAAAAUCAACAUG